UUUAUCUGCUAACUAAUCAACCUUAAAGCAGUUCACUAGCUACCAUGGCUGCAAAUAAUCAACUAUAUCAUAUUUCAUUGGCAUUGCUUUUUUGCUUUGGUUUGUGGGCUAUUCAAGUCAAUUCUCGUACUCUCCAAGAUGGUUCCAUGUAUGAGAGGCACGACCAAUGGAUGACUCACUAUAACAAAGUCUAUAAUGAUCAUCAAGAAAGGGAGAAACGUUUCAAGACAUUCACUGAAAACGUGAAUUACAUUGAAGCGUUCAACAAUGCCGAUAAUACAUACAAACUAGGCAUCAAUGAAUUUGCAGACCUCACUAACGAGGAGUUCAUAGCAUCUAGGAACAAAUUUAAGGGACACAUGUGCUCCUCAAUCACAAGGACACCUACUUUUAAGUAUGAAAAUGUAACUGCAAUCCCAUCCACAGUGGAUUGGAGGAAGAAGGGAGCGGUGACACCCGUGAAGAACCAAGGACAAUGUGGAUGUUGUUGGGCGUUUUCUGCUGUUGCGGCAACAGAAGGAAUUCAUAAGUUGAGUACCGGAAAGUUGAUCUCUUUGUCUGAACAAGAACUUGUUGAUUGUGACAUAAAAGGUGUGGAUCAAGGUUGCGAAGGUGGUCUUAUGGAUGAUGCUUUCAAAUUCAUCAUUCAGAAUCAUGGACUCGACACUGAAGCCGAGUACCCCUAUCAAGGUGUUGACGGAACAUGCAAUGCAAACAAAGCAUCCAUAUAUGCAGCUACUAUUACCGGGUAUGAGGAUGUCCCUGCCAACAAUGAGCAAGCACUGCAAAAAGCUGUGGCCAAUCAACCAAUUUCUGUAGCCAUUGAUGCUAGUGGAUCUGACUUUCAAUUUUACAAAAGCGGUGUUUUUACCGGUUCAUGUGGAACUGAGUUGGAUCACGGUGUCACAGCCGUGGGUUAUGGUGUGAGUAAUGAUGGAACCAAGUAUUGGUUGGUUAAGAACUCGUGGGGAACCGAUUGGGGUGAAGAAGGAUACAUUAUGAUGCAAAGGGGAGUAGAAGCUGCCGAAGGCCUCUGUGGCAUUGCAAUGCAAGCAUCUUACCCUACUGCAUAAAUACCAAACUUAAUACUUAUGAUACCUAAACUGUAAUCCAGUCUAAACUGUUAUUGCGUGUAUGCUUAUCAGCUACAUUCAUCAUGGUUUCUACAACUAGUUGUGUAUAUUCCAUACAUCUACUAUUUAUACUUGUGCAUUUAUCAAUACAAUGAAGAUA